UCCGCCUGGCUGGCCACAACAACACAACGCCGCCUGGCCCGACCCGCGCCGCCCUGUGCAGGACACCACCGACCACCUGCUGCUGCCCUGCCCCGCCACCACCCCCAGCGGGUGCUGCUCCACACCACCUCCGCGUCCUGGACGUGCUGCCCACCUUUGACCUGCCCACGCUGCUGGCGGCGGCAGGCGCCCACCCUCAGGGCAGGAAGCUGUCAUCCGCCUCACCUGCGCCUCCUCAGGAAGACGGGGCAGCUGACGCGCCUGUGAGGACCCACAGGACGACACCGGGGCCCAUGUGACCGAAAACCUAAAACCUGACCUAAAACAACAACAACAACAACACACCCGUCACAGUCCUUCAACAGUAACAACAAUAAUAGCACCAACAUGUCUGACAAUGAGGUAGAGAAAUUUGAAAUUACUGACUAUGAUUUGGAACAUGAGUUUUCACAUCGCCCAGGGAGGCGACAAACAAAAGAGCAGCAGAUCUAUGGGAUGUGGGCACAGGACAGUGGAGGAGAGGAGGAUGGGCCGGGUGAUUCAGGAGGCAAUAUCCCUCUUCAAUCACGGUUCAGUGUUUUACAUGGAGGACUCAAUUUUGUAUCUGGUGGCAUACAACAGGCUGGCAAGAAAAAUGAAUCUAAAGAAAAAGGUGAUGGGUCAGAAAAUGACUCUGAUUCUGAACCGUCCACUCGACCAAUGUUUGGGGCUGGUGGAGCUGCUGAUUCAAGUGAUGAAGAGGGAACCUCUGGACAACUUCCAUCAUCCUUUGGAGGUAAACAGUCUUCCAGUCAGUCAUCUUACACUUUAUCAUCAAAAAGGCAGGAAAUUGCUGGAAUAAGGCGAGCAGGAAGAGGCGGUAGUGGAUCAAGUCUUCUUGGUAGUGGUCUGGGAGACUGGGAAAAGUAUACCUCUGGUAUUGGCAGCAAACUUCUAAAAAAAAUGGGUUUUGAGGAAGGCAAAGGUUUGGGGAAGAAUCUGCAGGGCAUUUCAACCCCAGUAGAAGCUAACAAAAGGAAGGGUAAAGGAGCCAUUGGGUACUAUGGAUCAGAACGGUCAGAGAGAUCACUGAAGGAUUUUCCAGUUAAUGACUCUGAUGAAGAAGAUAAAGAGAAAUUCAAAGACCUCCUGCAGCAAUGGAAGAAAACUGGAAGCAAAAAGAAGAUUAAGUACAUUUACAAAAGUGCUGAAGAAGUUAUACAAGAAGGCAGGACAAAGAAGCUUAAACCAACUGAUGACAGCCACAUUACAAAAACCAAAGUUAUUGACAUGACUGGGCCAGAAACAAGAGUUUUAAGCAGUUAUCAUGCCAUUGCUGGACAGAAAAAUUUUGUAGAUGAAUAUGAAGAAGACAAAAAGAAAAAAUAUGAAUAUUUUGAUCUCCCUGAGCUGUUACACAAUCUCCAGAUUUUGUUAGAGAAAUGUGAAGAUGACAUUAUUCGGAAUGCUCGAACAAUGGAUCGAGAGAGUGACAGAGUUGUCCACCUGAAACAUGAAAGGGAAAAAUAUGAGACAUUAGUAGAGAGAGAGAAAAAAGAAUUGGAUAGCCUUGAUCAAGCCCUGGCUCUGGUAGGGAGCCUGGAAUCAUGUCAUAAAGAACAGACGUUAACUUUAAGUGAAGCCACAAGCAUUUUUAGUGAACUUAAAUCUAAUUAUCAGAAGAUAUAUAAUACAUUUGAAAUUCCAUAUCUGGCUCCUACAUACAUAACACCUCUCUUGAAAGAAUUGCUCAGAACAUGGAAUCCUUUAGCACAACCAGCAGCUCACAAGGAAGUGUUUGCAACAUGGCAAAAAUUAGUGGAAGUUGUAGAUAGCCAACAGCAGCAACAACAACAACAACCAGACGGCAGUGUACCAUUAGACCCCUAUCACCACUUGGUGUGGGAGACAUGGGCAGCUGCAGUAAGGUCAGCCAUCAUGGGACCAUGGGAACCUCGGGACUGUACACCACUCCUGGCUGUCCUUGAGGCAUGGAAUUUUCCACUGGUGCCUAUGUGGAUCCAGGCCCAUCUUUUGCAGCACGUGAUCCUUCCCCGCAUCACCAGAGCUGUGCAGAACUGGAACCCAUUGCAAGAUACUGUGCCUAUCCACACUUGGCUUCACCCCUGGCUGCCACUUUUGGUGGACAACCUCCAGUCUGUAUACCCGGUCAUUCGUCAAAAACUCUCAGCUGCUCUCGUUCAUUGGCAUCCUAAUGACCGCUCAGCCAAGAUGGUCCUGCAGCCAUGGAAGAGAGUGUUCAGUGAUAUCUCAAUGACCACUUUACUACAGACUAAUAUCCAACCUAAAUUAGAAUCUGCACUUUUGGAAAUGCCAAUCACUCCUCACAACCAAAACCUGGAUCCUUGGCACUGGUUUCUGGAUUGGGAUGACCUGUUGCCUCCUCAAAUAUCACUGGAUAUCAUGGACCGCUGUUUCUUUCCUCAGUGGUACCAAGCCCUGGGUAACUGGUUGUCCACCAACCCACCUCAUCAAGAAGUGAUAGCUUGGUACAAAGGCUGGCGGGAUCUUAUUCCCAAAAGUCUGGCUAAUCACCUCCAGGUACGACAGAAGUUUCAGCAGGCCCUGGGGGUGUGCAGUCGUGCUCUCAGUUAUCAACUUGGUGCAUCAGACCAGUUUAAUCUUCUUCUGGCAGGACUUGACAAGUUAAAUGAACCUCCUCCUCCUCCACCAUUAGGCUCUCCUCCUCAACAGCGUUCCAGGGAUUGGGCUGACAUCAUAAGCAGUGCACGACGAGAUACCUUGAGUAUGAGGGAGGUGGUGGAGCGCAGAUGUCAAGAACGUGGCAUUGUGUUUGUGCCCCUGCCAGAUCGCAAGCAUGAAGGUCGACCAGUUUACCGUUGUGGGAAACUCAAUGUUUCCUUCAAUAAGAAUAUAAUUUAUGUACAAACUGAAAGAGGGUGGAUGCCAAAGAGCCUAACAACCUUGCUUGAUGAUGCCUAAAUGUACAGAAUAGUUGUUAUUUUUAAUAAAGUGCACCCAUUUAUGUAAUGAAACAAUUUUAUUGUAAUAUGAAGGUGACAUGAAAUAUCAGAAUAUUGAGAAUGAUUUCUGUCAAUCUAAAACAGAGCAAUUAGAAAUUUUAGGAUUGGAGGUUAUUAAAACACACACACACAUUCUCCAUCCACACAGCUUACACAUAAGCAAUCACACGAGAAAGGGCUUUUUUUGUGACCGUAUAAUUUCUUGAAGUUAAAAUAUGACAUGUUGUUUUUCACUCAACACAGUACCAAUGACAUGCAUGUCCCCAACUCUUUGCUCGAAGUGUGAGAAAAAGAGAAAGCGAAAAAACUACAUACAUAAGGAUUCGCUAAGCCGCUAACUUUAGGGUGGAAUAUCUUGUGCUCCAUAAUACCACUUCCAAUCAGUUCUGGGUGCAAUGACUGGCAUUUCCAUUACUUUCACAUCAUUUAAGACUGUUUUCGUCAAGAAAAAAAUCCAAGAUGUCGCUGGCACUGACAAAAUCGCAAGGUGUCAUAUUUACCAACGUUUUACGGGUUAAACAUACUUUUGUUGUAAAAUUACAAGCAGAACAUUAUAUUUGGGAAGGUCUUUAUUUUAAGAGUUUUCCAUAUGCAUAAUUACAUAAGCAUUGGAUAAGCUGCAUUUUUUAAUAUAACCAAUAAUGGUGGCUACUACAUGUGUGCAUACACAGUAUUUAAUGAAGCAAAUGUAGUUGCCUAAUAUGCAUGUGCUGAAUACAGAAAAAAAACUUAGGAUUUUAAAUUCUUGGCCCUAUCUAUUCAUAAUGAUCAUUAAAAUAAUAUUGCACUUGACAAAGGUAUUAAAUGGAAAUUAACAUACAAUAAUAUCUAAGCAAUACUGUAUAUAUGUAGGUUGAUUAGACUAGAAUGACCAACUGUAUAGUUUCAAGUAGGGCUGGGCGGGACCUGAUUACUGGACCCGAAUCCCGCGGGUCUGUCAGAGGCACAGGGAUCCGAUUACUUUUGUCUGGUAAUCAUUUAACCUUAAAAAAAAAUUGUUUCAUUGACCCAUCGACUUCAGUUAACUUGAUGCUAUAAGUGGCUGAGAAAUGGGUAAAUGUGAACCAAUUAUGAGACUAGCACAACAGCAUGGAAUGUACAUUAAUGUGUUCCUCUCAUAACCAUACAGCUGCUAUUUUUUUCACUAAUAUAUGAGUGUUGGAUUGUUCCUGGAUGGUUUGGAUUGCAAAGUAAAUUAUUUGUGACUGCUGGCAUCCAGCCCUGAUGCUCAAGAGCAGGAAAGAACUGAUGACCAAGUCUGUUGUACAGUACAUUAUUAGCCAUCUUUACCAUUACACACACCAGGGGUGAGAGAGACUGAGAGGGUAAACUAAACUGACCAGAUUUUAGAUCUGGAUCAUGUAAGGGUUGUUGCCACAAGUCGCCACGGCCUCCAAUUUACUCCAAUUUGUGGUCAUGCGAAUUGGACAAUACCUGUACCAACCCAGUGACACUAAACAUGUUUGGACAUAGACGUACUGAGGUACACGGGUUAAAAUACAGCAGAAUGAAAGUUUGGCAAAGGUCAUCAGAAAACAUGCUUCUUUUCUUUAAAUGUACAGUUCAAGUAUAAUUUUGUGAAGCGAAAAUUAAUUUAUUUUUCCAGUCAUGUGAAAUCAAUUUACAAAUGUCAUUUGAUAUGAAUGGCUAUAAAAAAAAAAUAUUUUCAAAGUGUUGUUAGCCACAUGCAUUAAAUAUUCAAUUGUUGCAACAUAAUUAUAAAAUGUAAAUGAAAAAUUAUGUGAAACGGAGUUGCAAAACUAGUCUUUUCAAUUAUCAAUUUGAAUGCUAGUCACUUCAAAGCAUAAUUAUUGUACUUAAAACUUGCAUUUGAACAGAUACAAAAUAGUAAAAGAUAAUCCUGGCCCUAAGCACACAUAAGCUAACUUAAACUGACAAACAAUGGCUAUAAGUAGACAGAUUUACAGGGUAAUGAAUAUUUAACCUGUUCCGUAGAGGUCAGUUAAGUUAAAGUUGGCACCUGUCUGCUAGAGAAAACAUGAUACCACAUCUGUUUAAUAUUCACUGACCAAAUGUUGUUUGCAUAAGAAUUUGGCAUAUACAUGUUAUUAUUUUCUUAGAGCAUUUCAGUAUUGCUCUUUGAAGGGUGGGAAUGGACUUGUUUCAAUAAAGGGUAUAAGGCAAUAUAUGCCCAAACAUAGCCUACUGCAGUUGAUAUUGAAGCUCACAAUAGAUUCAGCAUUUCUUGGAGUGUUUUCACCAACCUGAUUCUACUGCAUGGUGUGGUCACAACAUAACUCCUCAUCUCGUGUCCAUCCUUAUACUUUACUGGGUGAACAGGUGCUAUAAAAGUGAAAGAAGACACCUUGAAUUCUCUGAUUGAUUGAGGAAUAUAAUCUUUAAUCUCUGAAUGAAUAAACAAAAUGAGCUAAUGAUCAUUGUACGACCAUGCUUCUUAACCCGGUAGCAGCGAUGGGACAAAUUUGUGGCUUUACCGUGUAGCAGCGAUGGGACAAAUUUGUGGCUUUACCAUGUAGCAGCGAUGGGACAAAUUUGUGGCUUUACCAUGUAGCAGCGAUGGGACAAAUUUGUGCCAUGAUAUAAACCCCCCAAAAUAGAUGAUACAUAAUCUGAUCACAAAUGCUUUGAAAUAUAUUAUGAAAUGGUUUGUGUAAGGGGUGAUCUUUUCUCAUUUUUCUCGCUUGGAGGGACCAUUAAGAAACACGAUCCCCGCUGCUACCGGGUUAAACUGUAACAACAAUCAUUUGACAAUUCAAAAACUGUUCAAAGGAAAUUUUUCUAUAAUUAUUGUCCUGUUUUAGUUCACCAUUAACGCUGGUAAAAGUCCAUACAGAAACAAUGAGCUUCACUCAACUAUAUUAUACUUGGCACUCUAUAAAAGAGAGAAAGAAGAGAAAAAAAGAUAUAUGAUGAAGAUGCAGUGACUUGAGUCUGUACAUAUGGAUCUUACUAUGUACAUAGGAAGAUUUUUUUUAUGGGUAAGCUAUUUCUGCAUUACCUUAUGAUAUAUUUUUCCAUUUCAAUAAAGAUUUAUCAUU